AGUGGAAGCAGAAGGUGGAGAAGUUGCACUGUGGGAGGGGAUUGAGCUGCACCACGCUCAAACGGGAUUUUCACUGUGCAGAUUUUUUCUAGAGGUAGCACAGAGCUGGAAAUGGGAGGAAUCUGCAGAAUCCAAUUCUUGCACACGUUCCUUCUUCUCUGGAUCUUCAUCGGCUGGAAUGUGACGGCGGUGACGGGGUCCCAGCAAGGGAUCCCUCUGUCAGUUGUAAAGCUUUGGGCCUCCGCAUUCGGUGGAGAAAUCAAAUCAAUUUCCGCAAAAUAUUCUGGCUCCCAGCUAUUGCAAAAGGAGCUGUGGUCCAUUACAGCGCCUCGUCAAGGAGCCAACUCCACUACUGAGGCCAGUCCCCCAGUCAGGGCCACCAGCAGGAUUAACCCCAAGAUCACAGCUGCUUGUCUUUGGGAGGAGAGUGGAGCACAGCGAGGAAUUCCUCGAAAAUACGGAGAAAGUGUCCAAACGGCAUUUAGAAAACGUCUUCAAGCCCAAAACCCAGGACUCUCCUGCCCUGAGAAAUAUAAAGAGCCUGAAAAGUCGAUCAGAGUGGAGGAGAUUGACGGUGUGAAGCUGGUUAAAAACCUGGCUGUGAAGAUGGAGGAAAUGUUCCAGAGAAAAGCAGAGGCAACCAGGCGACUGGUGGAGGCUGCGGAAGAAGCGCACCAUCAGCACGAAGACAACCCAGACCUGCAGUAUGAGUACUUCAAUGCUGUGCUUAUCAAUGAGGUGAAUGAAGAGGGCAACAACGUGGAGCUGGGGGGAGAGUUCCUCCUGGAGCCUAAUGACCAUUUCAAAAACCUUUCAGUCAACCUGAGCCUCAGCGUGGUGCAGGUGCCCACCAACAUGUACAAUAAAGAUCCAGAUAUUGUGAAUGGGGUUUACUGGUCCGAGGCCCUGAACAAAGUCUUUGUAGAAAACUUUGAAAGAGAUCCAACACUUAUCUGGCAGUACUUUGGAAGUGCCAAAGGCUUCUUCAGGCAGUACCCUGGAGUGAAGUGGCAUCCAGACGAGCACGGCGUCAUCGGCUUUGACUGCAGAAAUCGGAAGUGGUACAUCCAGGCAGCUACAUCUCCAAAAGAUGUGGUGAUCUUAGUAGAUGUUAGUGGGAGUAUGAAGGGGCUGAGGCUGACAAUUGCCAGGCAGACGGUUUCCUCCAUUUUAGACACGCUGGGAGAUGAUGACUUCUUUAACAUCAUUGCUUAUAAUCAGGAGAUCCACUAUGUGGAGCCUUGUUUGAAUGGUACGCUGGUCAGGGCCGACACAACCAAUAAAGAUCAUUUCCGUGAACAUUUGGAUAAACUGUUUGCCAAAGGGAUUGGGCUGCUGGGUGAAGCUCUGACCGAGGCCUUCACCAUCCUGAACGAUUUUAAUCAGACUGGACGUGGCAGCGUGUGCAGUCAGGCCAUCAUGCUUGUAACGGACGGAGCAACAAAAAUGUACGAUAAUGUUUUUGAGAAGUACAACUGGCCGGACAGAAAAGUGCGCAUAUUCCCCUACCUGAUUGGACGAGAGUCUGCAUUUGCAGAUAAUCUGAAAUGGAUGGCUUGUGCCAACAAAGGAUAUUUUAGUCAGAUCUCCACUUUAGCGGACGUUCAGGAGAAUGUGAUGAGGUAUCUUCAUGUUAUGAGCCGUCCAAAGGUCAUCGAUCAUGAACACGAUACAGUGUGGACCGAAGCCUACGCAGACAGUGCUCUUUCUCAUGCUCAUCAGCUUAACGAUAAAUCAGGCCCAACUCUGACGACGACAGUAGCCAUGCCGGUCUUUAGCACCAAGAAUGAGACGAAAAACCAGGGUAUUCUGUUGGGAGUCGCUGGCACAGACAUCCCUCUACAGGAGCUGAUGAAGCUCAUCCCAAAACAUAUGUUAGGGAUCCAUGGAUAUGCAUUUGCCAUCACUAAUAAUGGCUAUAUCCUGACACAUCCGGACCUCAGACCUUUGUACCAGGAAGGACAGAGGAGGAGGAAGCCCUAUUACAGUAGCGUGGAUCUCUCUGAGGUGGAGUGGGAAGACAAGGAUGACAUCCUACGCAACGCUAUGGUAAACAGAAGGACGGGGACUUUCUCUAUGGAGGUGAAGAGGACCGUGGACCGAGGGAGACGUGUUCUUAAGAUGCACAAUGACUAUUACUACACUGACAUCAAAGGAACUCCAUUCAGUGUUGGAGUAGCUCUCUCUCGGGGUCAUGGAAAGUACUUCUUCAGAGGAAAUGUAUCAAUGGACGCAGGGCUCCGUGAUCUGGAACAGCCAGAUGUCGCCCUGGCAGAUGAAUGGACCUACUGCAAUACAGAGGAGAAGCAUGAGCAUCGUCACCUGACCCAGAUUCAAGCCAUAAAGCUUUUCAUGACUGGCCGCAGACCACACCUCAAAUGUGACAGAGAGUUGAUACAGGAGGUGCUGUUCGACACUGUAGUCACGGCUCCACUGAAGACUUAUUGGAACAGUCUUGCUCUCAACAAAUCAGAGAACCCAGAUAAAGGAGUGGAGAUUGCUUUCUUAGGCACGCGGACUGGUCUGUCGAGAACAAACCUGUUUUUACCCACCAAUCAGCUCUCCAAUCAAGAUUUCCUGACAGCGGAGGACAAGGAGGGUGUGUUUAAUGCUGAUCACUUCCCCCUGUGGUACAAGAGAGCGGCAGAGCAGGUCCCAGGCACAUUUGUCUACUCCAUCCCCUUCAGCACAGCUUUAGAAAACAAGAGCGUGGUGUUGGCCAGCACAGCUAUUCAGCUCCUCGAUGACAGAAAGUCUCCAAUUGUUGCUGCUGUGGGGAUCCAAAUGAAGCUUGAGUACUUUCAGAGGAAGUUCUGGACCGCCUGCAGACAGUGCACAGCUCUGGAUGGAAAAUGUAUCAUUAGUUGUGAUAGUGAGGACUUUAAUUGCUACCUCAUUGACAACAAUGGCUUCAUUCUUGUUACAGAGGAACAGUCUCAGGAAAUGUUAAGUUUUACAUCUCGAAAACCUCUUAUGGACAAGACAGGGCUUUUCUUUGGAGAGGUGGAGGGUGCUGUCAUGAACAAACUUCUCCAAAUGGGGUCCUUUAAGAGAAUCACCCUGUAUGAUUACCAGGCCCUUUGCAGAGACUACGCUGGAAGCAGCGACAGCGCACGCACUUUAUCAGAUCCUUUUUCAAUGGUUAAGUGGCUCCUGACAGAACUUAUCAUUUUCCUGCUAGAAUUCAACCUGUACAGCUGGUGGAAUGUCGACCUCUCAGUUAAAGCUCAGAGAGCACGGGGUAAAACCAUGAUGGUGCCCUGCGACACAGAAUACCCAGCCUUUGUCUCCGAACGCACCAUUAAAGAAACAACAGGCAACAUUGACUGCAACGGCUGUGUUAGGUCUUUUGUCAUACAACAGAUUCCCAGCAGCAACCUCUUCAUGGUCGUAGUUGACAACAAGUGUGACUGCAGCAUCGUUCCUCCUGUAACAAUGGAUCCCAUCGAGAUUAUGUACAACGAGUCGCUAAAAUGUGACAGACUAAAGCUUCAGAAGGACAGGAAAAAGCCCGAGUCAUGUCAUCCUUUCCAUCCUGAGGAAAAUGCUAUGGAGUGUGGUUCGGCCAGUAGCCUCUCCAGUUGCCUGGCAGUACAGCUGCUGCCUCUGAUUGCAGCCACCGUCAGCAGGUGACCAUGAGCUGCACAUCUGAAGCUAACUCAACAAGAAGAUGCUUAGAAACACUUAGAAAACAUGACGGAUCAGAAAUGACUUCGCUCACCUCUGCAGCAGACAUUACUCUACUAAGACUCUAUUAAGUCUUUAUCAGUAACUCCGAGGCUCACAUCCAUUAUUGCAGAAAACACAAAGUAACAAAUAAUAAUGAGUGUGUGCUUGGUGACUUUGGUCAGCUCAUUGCAAAUCACUACACUGAAAGUUUGUCUUGUUGUUGAAUAUGUGCUGAAUUAAUGGGAGGGAAAACGUCAAAUGAAAACAGCACUUUUUUGUCUUAGCAAGUCCACUGUGCAAAAAAGAUAAGUAGGAGAUUAUAUGUUUGUUUCAUUGUCAUGAUGAAAAUAAAAAGGAAUGUAAAAUGCACUUUUGUGAACUACUGAAGGGAGAAGAAAAGCCCACUUGGCUAUAAAUCAAUGAAAAUAAUUUACUGUGCAAUUGUUUUAUUUCCCAAAAUAUUUAAGUUGGUUUUAUAACAAAAUAUCUAUUGUGUCAAAAAUAUAAUUUACAAAAGAUAAUAUAUAAAAUAUUAUUUCAAAGGUCGUGCCAUUUUCUCUUUAAUUAAAAUGAGAAAAGUUAAUAUGCAUGAUAAAGAUGAAGUGUGUUUGGAGAAUGGUAUUUGAUGUGUUCAGCCAUAAUUUAUCAAAAUGUCCAUGUAAUCUUAACCAUGUGUCAAAAAAACAGAUGAAUAAACCUAAAGAAAUAUUUUCCUUCUUUA